AUGGCUUCUGGACUGCAGGGUGGAGUGGUGACACCUCCUGUUCCAAGGCUGGCCAGAGAGGCAGAGAAGCCUGUGACUCUGACUCCCUCUGCCUUCCAGAAGGAGAUGUCUCUCAGCACCAAGCAGAGGCUGGCCAGCACUCGGGAGAUGAGCCUGCCCCAGAUUGUCCAGCGUCACGAUAUGAGUGAGACCUCUGAUCACAAGGUCUCGGCAGUUGACCCAGAGCAGCCCCUGUUCCAUCCUUUCCCAUCAGAGGUGGUAUUUCAGAACUACGUCCCACACAAGGUCUGUGAAAUGCCGCUGGUUCUGAGGAACAGGGACAUGGUUCCUCGGCUGGUGAGGGUCACCAUGGAGAGCUCACCCUACUUCAAGCUGGUUGGCCCCAGUGGUGUGUGCCGUAAGGUGCCACCGGGCAUGUGCUCGACUUUACGCAUCGUCUUCACCCCCGGGGAGAACAAGGAUUAUUUCCACUGUCUCUUCUGCACCACUGAAAGAGAAGAGUUCAUCGUGCCAAUUCGGGCCAUCGGUGCCCGGGCUGUCCUGGACUUCCCUGACCAGCUGGACUUCUCUGUCUGUCCGGUCAAGUACAGCACCCAGAAGACCCUGAUGGUUCACAACCUUGGAAACAGGGAGGCCCAUUACCAAAUCAGCACCCAGAGCCCCUUCUCUGUCAUUCCGACCAUGGGAACUCUUGGCAUUGGUGACACCCUGCAAGUGACAGUGGAAUUUCACCCUCUGCAGACCGGGGAUCACUGUGCAUCCCUGGUAGUGCACUAUGGCACAGGUGAAGAUACCCACACGAGCCUUCACGGGUCAGCUGUGAAUGCCCACAUCAGGCUGGAGAGGAAUUCCGUGACAGUUGAGCAGACUUACAUCACACUGUCCAACCAGAGCACCGUGAGGAUCCACAACCACAGCAAUGUCACAGCCCGCUUCCAGUGGAAGGCCUUUGCUACCCAGGAGGAGGAGGAGCAGCUAAAGCAGAGGCUCUGCCACAGGCUGUGUGAGCAGGAAAAUGCCCAGGCUGAUAAUUUCCUGGAAUGGAGCAGAGCAGACACCACUCGUGGAGAGCGCCUUUGCCUUCUCUCCCACAUCUUCCAGAGCGAGAGGGCAAAGGUGCAAGAGGAUCCCAUGCUGUUCUUUGAUGACAUUUUCACUAUUAAACCAGUGGAGGGAGAGAUCUGGCCUAAUUGUUCAGCAGAAAUCAGCGUGAUCUUCAGACCCCGAGAAGCCCGAGUGUACAAACACGCCGUCUACUGCGACAUCUCGGGCCGUGAGACCAGGCUGCCCCUGCGCCUCAUAGGGGAAGGCCUUGGGCCCCGGCUCCACUUCCAGUUUGAGGAACUGGACAUUGGGAAGGUUUCUGUCAUAUCACUCCACAGAUAUGAGGCAAUCCUGGUUAACAAAGGGCCUAUUGAGGGUCUCUUCAGCCUCAUCCCUCCAACUACAGCUGUGGGCUCCUGCUUCACCUUCCUGCCCCAGCAGGGCAUCCUUGCACCUGAUGGGCUCCAGGCCAUCAGCAUCUCCUUCCGUACCACCAUCCCGGGGGAGUUCAAGGAAGAAUUCCAGUUCAGGGUUAAUGAAUCCCCCAAACCCGUCACCUUGACCAUCAGGGGCUACGUCAUCGGACCGACUUUCCACUUCAAUGUCCGCGCCCUCCACUUCGGGGACGUCGCCUUUGGCUUUCCUCGCAGUCUGUCCUGUCGCCUGACCAACACCUCGCUGAUGCCCAUGGCCUUCACCCUCCGCAUCCCCCAGGACGGCUCUGGAGAGCCCAGCCUGACCAGCUUGGACCAGGUGUCUGGCAACACUCGCCCAUCCUGGAGGAAGGGAGCUCAGGGUCUCCUGGAGCCCAUGGAAUUCACCAUAACGCCCUGCAGAGGGACCAUCUGCUCCCAGGCAUUCCAGGAUAUCCAGGUCACCCUGUGUUCCAACACCGUGGGACGAUACAAGAUGGAGCUGGUGGUGGACGUGGAUGGCGUUGGCAAGAGGGUGUCAGCGCUGCCCCUCACAGCCAGGUGUGUCGUUCCUGCCCUGCGGGCGCUCAACCCCGUCAUGGCGUUUGGCCGGUGCUACCUGAAGGUCCCUUACCAGAAGAUGCUGAAGCUCGUGAAUGACAGCGACUUUCCUGGCUGCUACAGGGUUCUCCCUCAGGAACACAGGGAGGAUGCUGCUGUGAGGUACUUGACCCCUCAGCCAUGUGGGAUUAUCAAGGCUCACAGCUCAGUGGAGAUCCCAUUUAUACUUGACCAAAUCGUUGGGGAUCAUGACAUCACUGCUGAUGUCGCCGUGUUUGGGAGUGAAGAAUCCCCCCUGCAAAUCCAUUUAGAGAGCACUGGACAAGGACCGGUUGUCUUUGUGUAUCCAACUGAGAUAAACUUCGGCACUAUCCAGGUCGUAGAAGAUAUUUCCCACACUCUCCACCUGUCCAAUCAGAGUGUCAUCCCUGCAGUCUUCUGGGUGGAGAUGGCUGGCACGCGCUCACGCUGGAGGACUGAACCCACUAAGGGAGUGAUCCCCGGGACCGAGGUGUCUGUGAUUGUCACAGCAAACCUGGAUGACACGGGCAAAUUUGAGGACAAGGUGAAGCUGUUCAUCGAGAACAGCGACGUGAACAUCAUCCCCGUGCAGGCUGUGGGCACUGGCACCACAAUUGUCACCGACAAACCGUUCUGUCCAGAGCUCAACCUCAGGGCCCACUUCAGCCUCAGUCCCUGCUGUUACCGCUUCAAAAUGACAAACAAAGGGCGCCACACCCACCAGCUGUUCUGGAGCACAGAAGGUUUCAGCAUCUCCCAGCAGCGUCGUGCCCUGGGCACCACCAAGGGCAAAGACCCUUCCCAGCUCCCCAGACCUGCCAGCCCCGUGUUUAAGCUGCAGCCGCCGCAGAUGGAGCUGGGGCCGGGCCAGACGAAGGACGUGGUGCUGGAAGGCUUCUCCAGCACUCCCCAGAAGGUGAAGGAGAGGCUGCUGUGUCAUGCCAUCGUGGGGAGAGAGAAAAGAAAGAAGCAGAUAAUGCAAGUGGAUGUCAGAUGCGAGUUCAUUUUUCCCCUCGUGCAAAUAUCUUCCAGAGCAAUCGUGUUCCAUGUGGAGAAGCGGCCCAGUGAUGUCCUGACCCUCCUACACAAGCCCCUGUCUUUAAAAAACGUCUCCUCCCUGCCACUCAGCGUUGUGCUGGACUUGAAGAAGCCAUUCCUAAUCUGUGGUGUGGACCAGCAGCCCCUCCCUAAAGAUGCUCAGCCCAUAAAACUGGAGGUAGGGGAGGAGCUUCAUCUCCGCAUCCGGUUCAACCCCGCUUACAAAAAGGAUUUGAACAGCCGGGUGGCGGAGAAGACGCUGAACGUGUGGUUCGUGGAGCACCCCCACGAGGAGCAGGUCAGCGUUCGGGGGGAGGUCCACUUCCCAAACCUCCGUAUCCAGACCAAGGCCCUGGACUUUGGCUGCGUCCUGAACGACACCGAACAAGUGCGCUGUGUGGCGAUGACCAACUGCAGCCCAAUUCCCGUCCGCUACCGCUGGUCCUUCCAGACCGACAGCCUGGUGAACACCAUAAGGUUCAACCCUUCACCACCUAAAUUCAAACCCAAACCACCAAAGAAGGAGAGAGACUCUUUGAAGUACUCAACGUUGUCAAGGAGGCAGUCCAGUGCUGGAAGUGUGGAGGAGCCAACCAAAGCCCCUGAAGCAGUGCAGGACCCUGCCCAAGAGCCAGAGGGUUCAGAGGAUGCCCUGGGAGCAGUACAGGACCCUGCCCAAGAAUCAGCAGGUUCAGAGGACUCUCAGGGAGCAGUGCAGGCUCCUGCCCAAGAAUCAGCAGGUUCAGAGGACUCUCAGGGAGCAGUGCAGGAUCCUGCCCAAGAGCCAGCAGGUUCAGAGGAUGCCCUGGGAGCAGUGCAGGAUCUUGCCCAAGAGCCAGCAGGUUCAGAGGAUGCCUUGGGAGCAGUGCAGGGUUCUGCCCAACAAUCAGCAAGUUCAGAGGACUCCCUGGAAGCAAAGCUGCUGCCAUCAGAGCCUCAGAGCCUGGAGGCCAUGCAGGGAUGGAGGCAGUUCCUGGAGGUGGAGGACCUUGCCUUGGGAAUGGAAGAGGUUUUCGAUGUGCAGCCGGUGUCGGGUGUGCUGCAGCCGGGGGAGACCCAGCAGGUGCCCUUCACCUUCUUUGGCCACGCCAACAUCGUGGCCCGUGCCACGGCGCUGUGCCACGUGGAGGGAGGCCCGACCUACGAGGUGGAGCUGAGCGGGGAGGCUUCGAGCCUCAGCUACCACCUGGACAUCCACCACAUCGACUUUGGGCUGCAGUUAAGAGCCCACAGAUAUUUCCAGCUGCUGGCCCUGUCUCUGUUGCCCCUAGGAAGGAAAUUCCCAGCAGCAGGCUGGUAUCUGCAACUUCCCACUCCUCUGUCCUCCCUCCAGCUGUUUAACAAAGUCCUCCAAGCAGAGGUCACCCUGCUGAACACCGGGAUCAUUGGAUUCACCUACAAGGUGCUGAACCCCAGCGCUGCCAAGGCAGACAGCCCUCUGCCUCGGGAGCCCGUGGUCGUGCCCAGCACGGCUUACCUUGAUCCUGGAAAGGAGCAGGUGCUGAAAGUCUCUUACCUGCCAGGGGUAUUAGGAGUCUUCUGCAGGACUCUCCAGAUCCAAGUGGGUCACCUGGCACCAGCAGAAAUCCUCCUGAAAGGAGAGGGGACCUUUCUUAGGAUCUCUUUGGACCUGCCCUGGGAUAUCAAAGGAAAUGAAAAAUUUGAGAAGAUACUGAAGAAGAUAAAAGAAAAUGUGGAAGAAGACAGGCAGAGCGAUGCAGCAGAUGCUCUGUCAGAGCCUGCAUCCGUGGAGCCAUCCAUGGAUGGUCCUGGCCUCAAGAAGCAGCAGCAUCUGCUUGCCCCAGGAAAUAAAAAAUAUGAGAAGAUACUGAAAGAGACAGCAGAAAAAUGGAAGGAAGAGAUGCAGAUCGAUGAUGUCCUGGAUACAUCCGGGGAGUCAUCUGAGGAGGCAUCCGAGGAGUCAUCUGAGGAGGCGUCUGAGGGGUCAUCUGAGGGGUCAUCCGAGGGGUCAUCCGAGGAGUCGUCCACAGAGUCAUCCUCGGAGUCAUCCACGGAGUCAUCCACAGAGUCGUCCAAGGAGUCAUCCAUGGAGUCGUUGGAGGAGUCGUCUGAGGAGCCACCCGAGGCUGACUCUGGCGUUGAGUUUGGCAUCGUGUGGGACACCUGGGUGCAGAGAGAGAUGGAGCAGGUGCUGAUAGAGCAACGUGUCCUGGAGCAGGAGAGAAUUGUAACCUCCCGUGCCCCCGAGCUCAGGGGCUUUGACAAGAGCGUUCGUCAGAAGCUCGUCGAGUUAGAGCUGCCCGAUUACAUCCUGGACAUGGGCAGCGUCAUUCGCGGUAACACCGAGACACACACGGUGAACGUCACCAACACCGGGCUCCUCCCAGUGUCCUUCAGCAUUGACAAGCGUGUCCUGCAGGGCAAAGGUUUCAGUGUGGACGUGGAGCAGGUGCAGUGCCUGGCCCUACUGCGACACAGAGAGGAUUGAAGUGCUUUUCGACAGUACCAACAUGCCCGUGGGAGAACUGGAUGUGUCCCUGCCCAUCAAGGUGCCACAGCUUUCGGGGCAGGCAGCAGGCUGGGCACAGCAGCAGCAAAUGUCACCUGGACUCUCAGCUGAGCUGUCUGUCCUUCUCCAGGUAACGGGAAGCUACACACUUCACAUCCAUCUCUAUGCCUCCGUGACUGCGGAUUGCACCCAGGAUGAAAGGGCCCCUGACCUGCAGCUCCUCAUGCCACUGAUGCGCUCUGAGAGGCGCAAGAGACGUGACAGCCAGAGAUCUCCUAAAACUGCCUUUAGAAGGUGACAGUACAGUCAAGGUCUGGGGGUUUCAGCAGGAGCCAAGGACUCUCUUGGUGCACCCUUGGCUCUCACUCAAAGGUGCUUGAGAGAUUUGGUUGCUGCCCCAGGGAUGAGGAAUGCUCGCUCUUUUUCAGUAGUGAUAUCCUUGCACCAGUUCAGCUGCACAAUCCCUGCUUUUCCAGCUGGGAAAAGGAGGCAGGAAGGUUUGCAGGGGCCUGGCAGUAAUGCUGAGCACUAAAAGGGGCUUUGCACACAGGCUGGUGUCCAACCUCCCCCCAGGGCCUCUUCUUGAGGAUGCAAAUGAAGGGCUCUCCCUUUCUGCGAGCAUCCUUGGGGAAAAUUUCUUGGGAAUGAGCAGGAGCAUUAAGGGAUUCGCAGCCUGUUCCCAAGGACAGCGUUACCUGUGGGAGUUUGCUCUCUGGGUUACAAGACCACCUGGUGCCAGGGAUGCCCAAAAGGGUACAAACCCUUUGGAAACCACCUCCUUGCUCAGGGACACACAGGCUGAGGGCCAAGCCUGGGGCAGGAUUUACAUCCAUCCAUGUGCAGCAUCUCCCACAGCCGGGGAAGUGGCACAGAAUGUGCUUUGCCUGCUCCUGCACCGGGAGGAUUGGACUGACGUGGUUUCUUCUUCAGGAUUGUCAAAGCUGAGAGUCCAACCAAGGCUGGAGAAAUGGAAUCAGCCUCUAAAGGACCCAAUUAACCAAGACAUGAACAAACUGAGCGAUAAGAACCUGGAGGGCUGGCAUUGGCACACCUCCUUUACCAAUAAAGCAGGGAAAAUAGUAUCUCAUGUGAGGAAAUCUGUGAAUGCUGAGGGGGGGGGGCCUCCAGUGAGACGCAACCCAUGCUUUUUAGACCACUUCUCUCGAAACACUCACAAAUAUUCGUGUGUUUAGUAUUUAUUUGAAGGCCAACGCCCAGGCACCUCCUGUGCUAACUUCUUACACUGCAAGCAAGCUGAGUGAUCACUU